AUGACAAUCUUACCAAUAUCCCAGCACACUCACGCAAUCGGUCAGCCCAACACCCUGCAAAAGACGCAGGAUCUACACCUGCACCGAUUGUUGCCCUUCUUUCUCCUCAAAAAUGCACCCAGUCGGAAACGCAGGCCUUGGGCCUACACCACACGAGAGACGCCGGACUGGGGGACCCUCCUCAGCGGAGUGUAUGAUACCUGGGACCCUGCUAACCUGCCUGAACCAAUGCCAGAACCCGAACCGGAGGCCCAGAUGGCUGCCAUGGGAAGGCGAUCCCAAAAGCAGAACUCUUCGUCCGCUCACCAAGAUAUCGGAGCCCUUCUCCAGAAACAAGCACAGCCCAAGAUGGCGCCCGCGGAGAGCACCCCCGCUGCCCCACCGGCCGCAGCACCUGAGCACUCCCCACACUUCAAACACCCGUAG